AUGUCGUCUUGGAAGCGACUAGCAAGAUUUGUCCCAAAAGGAUACCCCUCCAGGGUUAUUAUUGGAGAGCCCGAAAAUCACAAAGUUGAUAUUGGACUUGCGCUAUAUAAAGGCGAAACCGUCAAGGCGAGAGUCUUCAACGGCAAUUCAGUGCUCGAGCCGGGUGCACCCUCCGGAGAAGUCGUCGAGAUCGACCGCGUGCUAUCGCCUCUGACACAGGCUGAAGUGGGAACAAUUAGAUGCAUUGGCUUAAAUUACAACCAACACGCAGCCGAAGCCGGGUUGGACCCCCCUACUGUACCGACAGUUUUCAUGAAACCAGAUACAUCCCUCGGCGACCCUUAUCCCGCACCCACCAUUCUACCCAAAAUAACCCAAGUAGACGACUGCGGUGACUACGAGAGCGAGCUCGCAAUUGUCAUCGGCAAAGAGUGCAAGAACGUGUCUGAAGCCGACGCUUAUGAUUACGUGCUAGGCUACACGGCGGCCAACGAUGUGAGUUCCAGAACGAGUCAGUUUGCGCAGAGCCAGUGGAGUUUCAGCAAAGGUUUUGAUGGCGCAUGUCCAAUUGGGCCGGUGAUCGUAUCCAAAUCUCUUAUCCCUGAUCCUCAGCAGCUCACCGUCCGGGGUGUAUUGAAUGGAAAAGUGAUGCAGGAAGGCAGCACAGACGACUUGAUCUUCAACGUGCCGAAGAUAGUCAAUUUUCUGAGCCAGAGCACGACGAUGAAGCCGGGCACUAUUAUUAUUACAGGGACGCCGGCAGGUGUGGGCAUGGCGCGGAAACCGAAUGUGACAAUCAAGGGGAAUGAUGUUUUUUUCGUGGAGAUUUUGCCGUAUAUUGGGACGUUGGUAAACGUUUUCAAGAAUGAGGAAUGA